AUGCAAGUCACAGACACGCCUCGUGUGCCGCCUCAAAUCGCCAAUUUUUUCAAGUCCAGAUCCAAAAUCAAAUCGCAUCCAAGAGCAAAAGCGCCAAACAAGAAACUUUCCCAAGACUCUGGGCGGGAUCUGACUGUUGACAGAGUAAAUCGUCCCCGCCAGGUCAGCCAUGCGCAGUCAUAA